AUGAUUGAUGAAUCCUUUACACGAGGAGAGGUGGAAGAUUUAACUUCCUUAUCAAAACUUGAUGAACAAGCACUUCUUGAAGAGUUGCAGGCACGCUACCAGAAGAAUCUGAUUUAUACUUAUAUUGGAGAUAUCCUUAUUGCUGUGAACCCUUUUAGGGACCUGGGAAUCUAUGAAAAAGAAACAUCUGAGAAAUAUGGCCACGCUCGGAAAUCUGACAACCCUCCUCAUAUUUUUGCAAUGGCUGACAUCGCUUACCAAAACAUGUUGGGCAUUGGAAACCAGACACCCCAGAACCAAUGUAUUCUUAUCAGUGGAGAAAGUGGAGCUGGGAAGACUGAAAGCACCAAACUGAUUAUGAAACAAUUGAUGGAAUUAUGUAAAAGCAACAGUCAACUGGAACAACAAAUCAUUCAGGUAAAUCCACUCUUGGAGGCAUUUGGAAAUGCACAAACACUUAUGAAUGAUAAUUCCACUGGACUUUCAGAUGAGAAUAAAAAAGCAUUGCUCUUAACAGAUACAAAAGAGUUCAGGUAUAUGCAUAACUCUCAUGAGAUUGUGAAGAAUAACAUGGAAGUGCUACAAGAAAGGUAUCAGAAACUUUGUGAUGCUAUGGAUUGGGUUGGCUUCACUGAUCAGGAACAACUUGAUGUUUUUAAAGCUAUGGCUUCUAUUCUGUAUAUUGGCAACACAACCUUUGUAGACAAUGGCAAUGAGGAACUGUCUGUGGUACAAAAUAAGAAUUCUAUUGAAGCUGCAACAACUUUAUUGUCCAUCAAUUAUAAAGAAGUGAUGCAUGCACUAACAUCCUUAAAUGUAUUUGCUGCUGGAGAAAUGGUAAAAAGGAAUUACACAAUGGAAAAAGCUGAAGAUGCAAGGGAUGCCAUGGCUAAAGCAAUCUAUGGUCGACUCUUUGGAUGGAUUGUCAACAAAUUUAACUGCCUGAUUGCACCAAUAGAUCCAGAUCAUGUAAACUUUAAAGAGAUUGGAAUUUUGGACAUUUUUGGAUUUGAACAUUUUGAUGACAACAGCUUUGAACAAGCCUGCAUUAAUCUGGCAAAUGAACAACUGCAUUUCUUUUUUAAUCAGUAUGUUUUUAAAUUAGAACAAGAAGAAUACAAGAAAGAAGGCAUUGAUUGGAAGGAAAUUCAGUUUAUUGACAAUCGACCAUUGCUGAAUAUGUUUUUAGAGAAACCAGGACUUCUUUCAAUUCUUGAUGAUGAAAGUCAAUUCCCAAAAGCAACUGAUAUCACUUUAGUAGACAAACUGAAUGAAACCAUAGGAAGUACACCUUACUAUGUGAAGUCAUCAACUACCCAUGGAUAUACAUUCACAAUUAAACAUUAUGCUGCUAAUGUGACGUACAAUACAACUAAUUGGUUGGAAAAAAACAGAGAUACCCAACCUGCAGAAAUCCUGGAAAUCCUUAAGAACAGUAAAAAUCCAUUAAUCCGAACAAUAUUUAAUGGUCAACUAACAAGAACUGGAAGUUUAGCCUUACAAGGCAGAAGCAGUGUUGGAAGGGCCAACAAAGUAAGGAUGGCUUUUAAUACAACACAAGUGAAUCGAAAAGAAGACAAACAACGUAAACUCACAGUUGGUGCCCAAUUCAAGCAUUCACUCAAAGUUCUGAUGGAAAAAAUGAAUUCCGCUGUUCCAAUAUUUGUUCGCUGUCUGAAGCCAAAUCAUCAAAGGAAGCCACAAUUAUUUGAUGAAAAAUAUAUUUUGGCACAAUUGCAAUAUACUGGUGUUCUUGAGACGACUAAAAUCCGUCGAGAAGGAUAUGCAAUCCGGCCAACAUUUGCUGAAUUUGUCAACCGGUAUAAGAUUUUGGUUUGUGAGUGGGAAAUGUCAGAAACUAAGGAAAAUUGUUUGAAGAUUUUGAAAAAGAAUGACAUUUCAGGAUAUCAAAUCGGAAAGACAAGGGUAUUCCUGAAAUAUUUACAAAUGGAACAACUUGGAGAUCGAAUCACUGAGGUUAACAAAGCAGCAAAAAAUGUGCAAAGAGUGGCACGUGGAUUUUUGGCUCGUAGACAAUAUAAGCGUAUGCAAGAAAUCAGCAAAAAACAUGCAGAUGAGAUAAAGGAGCUUAUUGCCCAAAUAAGUAUUGUUGGAGAAGCGGCCUAUGAGCAACAACAAGCAACCAUCAAAUUUGAUAAAUACAACAAAGACACAAAUAAGAAACAGGAAAAGAAGUUAAUUUCACCCAGUAAAGUGAAGGACACCGAUGAUGAAUUAAGUGAAGGGGAAAUCAUGGAAGAUGACUUCACCCAAAAGGCACUGGGCAAAUAUUUUGAAUCUGAGAGGAGGAGUCGAUAUGGACCAGCUGGAUCUCCUAAAGCAACAAUCAAUUGGUUUGUAGAAACACAAAUGAAUGAAGUCAAGGCUCCUUCCGGGGAAUUUGCACCUUGGUUUCAUGGUGUGAUAAGUCGCAGGGAAGCAGAACGCUUAUUGAGCGAUUGUGAAAUUGGUUGUUAUUUGAUUCGAGUCAGUGAAAGUCGAUUUGGAUAUUCUCUGUCUUUCAGAGAUAUCAACAGAUGCCGACAUUACAUGAUUGACCAACUUUCAAAUGGAAAAUAUGUGAUAAUUGGAGAGCCAAAACCUCAUCGUACCCUCUCUGAUUUGAUAGAAUACCACAAAAAGGUCAAGAUAUCCAACUGGAAACAUCUACUGAAAAAUCCGUGUCCACAGAGCACAGUGGAUGCAGCCAAGCUACCAAACAUUCACAAAAGAGACCAGGCAAGGUUAAGUAGUGAGCCCUUGGUAAAUAAGAGGCAGGGUCCACCUCUCCCUAAAAGAAAUAAUUUACGACCAUUAUCAAAAACAGUUGAUCCAAAAAAGCUUAAUGUACCUCUGCUACCUACAACAACACGACGUAUGGAGACAAGUCCCAAAUCAAGUCCUAAACCAGAUUUGAAAAAUAAAAGGGCAACCCACAAAUGA